CACACACAUGAAAAAAAUAGCAAAAAGGGUAAUAUUGGCAUAGUGCUAAUUUCUUCUGAUCAUAUCAAUCAACUGUCCACAAGUCCAAUGCUUUUUGGUUUUCAGUUUCGGCGAUCUCCCUGCUGUUUUGUGGGUCUUUCAAUGGUUUCUCUCUUUUAUCCAGGUCUUGUAUCUGGUGGGGCUCAGAUUAACGAUGUCCAUGUGUGUGGCGGACUGGUGUUGUUUACGCUGAUGGGGUUUCUCCAUGGCUUUUGGAGCGUCGAAAAUAUUUCUAAUGAGGGCUUCAAGAUCUAUACUUUUGAUCCAGGUAUUGGCGCCGCUUCGUUGGUGAUCCGGCUUUUUGUCGUCUGUUUUCUUUUUAUCGUUUUUGCACUCUGGGUUCGUCGUUGCUGGUUCGCUCUCUGUUCGCCUAUGACGCAGACAAUUGACGGUGGGGAUGAAGACCGGCCGACUGGAUCCCAACUGGUCGGUGGUUCUUAUGUUUUGAUUUUUGGAUCAUGUCUUCUGGCCGGCGACCACACUACUGGCCCUUCUGCGUCGCUCUUCCCCUUUGAUCCAGAUUCUUCAAAAGGUUUGUCCUGAGCUCUCAGCAUGUCUGUAGAAGAGGAAGAAAAUGCCGCGGAGCUGAAAAUUGGAGAUGAAUUUUUGAAGGCUAAAUGUUUAAUGAAUUGUGAAGUUGCCUUAAUUCUUGAACACAAGUAUGAGCAGCUUCAGCAGAGGUCUGAGGAUCCAAUGAAUCAAGUUUCUCAAGUAUUUGAGAAGGCACUGCAGUAUGUGAAGCGCUUUAGCCGCUAUAAAAAUCCUGAUGCCGUUAGGCAAGUUCGAGAAAUUCUUAGUAGAUACCAGUUGGCUGAAUUUGAGCUUUGUGUCCUUGGAAACCUUUGCCCUGAAACUGUGGAGGAAGCUAUCGCAAUGGUCCCGUCUAUCAAGAGCAAAGGACGUGCCCAUGAAGACGAGGCGAUUGAGAAAAUGUUGAAUGAUCUGUCUCUGAUUAAGAAAUUCGAGUAGCAGCACCAUUUUCUGCCCAAUCUAUGUGAAUCCUGCAGUAUAGAAUUAUAUGUUGUUUCACAGAAAUUAUGAUCCCUUUUGGCGUCUUAACAUAGCAGCUACUACAGUGAUGGGUGUUUGAUUUAAUCUGGCUACUUUUAAUGGAUCAAUAAGGUCUUUUUUUAAUUUCCCGGGUACCGUACUCUGGGGCCUCUCAGCUGUUAUCUAACAGUGGGGUUCACCACUACAUUCAACGGCUGGGAACCUCCGGAGUGUGGUACUCCUGCAUAUUGUAAACUUUGGUUGACUGAUCAUUUGGUGGAUUCUUUAUAUGUUGGGAUGAAUUGAUCAAUUGAUUUGAAUUAACAAUUUGAUUUGGAAUACCAUUUGAAACA